AUGAAAAUCCAUACUGGUCGUGUUCAGACUACUUUUGAUAUGAACAUCAUUACUGUUCAUCCCGAAAAUAUUAAGACCAUUUUGGCCACCAACUUCAAGGACUAUUCUCUUGGUGUUCGUUACCAACAAUUGUUCCCCUUACUUGGAAAUGGUAUUUUCACUCUCAGUGGAGAGGGCUGGAAACACUCCCGUGCCAUGUUGCGUCCUCAGUUCUCUCGUGAGCAAGUAUCUCAGAUUGAUACUUUGCGAGCUCACGUCAGCCAGCUCAUACACAAUUUUAAGACUAAGUCCAAGAAUGGAACUGAGUUUUUUGAUGCACAAGUCCAGUUCCAUAAUUUGACCAUUGAUACUGCCACCGAGUUCUUGUUUGGUGAAUCUACUGAUUCCUUAGCCGAUUCUGAUAAGAAAGUCCAGGGCCCUACUCGUCUUGUUUCUGCCACAGAUUUUGCUGAACACUUUACUGCUGCUCUUGAUGUGUUGGCUCUCCGUACUCACGUUGGUCCUCUUUACUGGCUCGUUGAUGGUUGGAAGUUCAGAAACAGUAUUGAUAUCUGCCAUAAUUUCGUCACCUACUUCGUUAACAAGGCUCUGCAAAACCCUCUUGAGAAGGGUACUGAGACCACUGGUAGAUACGUCUUCAUUAACGAGCUUACUAAAGAAACUCGUGAUCCUAUCGUUAUUCGUGAUCAAGCUUUCAACAUUCUGCUCGCUGGCCGUGAUACCACUGCUUCUUUGCUCUCGUUCAUUGUCUUCUAUCUUGCUCGUGACAAGCGUGUCUGGAACACUCUUCGUCAAGCUGUUUUAGAAGAGUUCGGCACUGAGGUUGAGUCUAUCACUUUCGAGUCUCUUAAGAGAUGUACUUACCUCAACUACGUCAUCAAUGAGGUCCUUAGACUUCAUCCCAUUGUUCCCAUCAACUUCCGUACUGCUAUUCGUGACACUGUUCUCCCCAAGGGCGGUGGCCCUGAUGGAAAUGAUACUCUUUUCGUUCCCAAGGGUACUAAGAUUGUGUACACCGUCUAUACCACCCAGAGACUCAAGGAGUUCUGGGGUGAAGACUCUGAAGAGUUUAGACCUGAGCGUUGGGCCGAGGGAAAAUCACACACCUGGGAUUACUUACCUUUCAAUGGUGGUCCCCGUAUCUGUAUUGGCCAACAGUUCGCCCUUACUGAGACUGGUUUCACUCUUGUUCGCAUUAUCCAAACCUUCAAGGACAUUAUUUACCAAGGCAGUCCGUCUUAUGAGAAUCUAUCUCAAUGGACCAAGCUCACUGCCAGUGUAGCUGACGGUGUUUGGGUCUCGUUUGUCGAGUAA